AUGCAUGCGUCUCCCACUGGUCACGAAGUCUGCAAUUGCUUGUUUCACUCUAUUAUGACGAUCCAAACACUUGCAGUCGCCGUUAUCACGGUGGUCUAUUUCAUCAUUCGGUAUUUCAACCGCACUGAUAUCCCUAAGAUUAAAGGCAUCCCGGAGAUUCCUGGCGUACCCAUAUUUGGCAACCUAUUGCAGCUAGGAGAUCAACAUGCAACAGUCACCGGGAGAUGGGCAAAGAAAUUUGGCCCAGUUUUCCAAGUGCGCAUGGGAAACAAGCGCAUCGUGUUCGCCAACAGCUUUGAAUCCGUCCGUCAAUUGUGGAUUAAGGACUCAUCGGCUCUAAUCUCCCGCCCAACUUUCCACACCUUCCACAGCGUUGUCUCCAGCUCACAGGGCUUCACUAUCGGAACUUCCCCGUGGGAUGAUUCUUGCAAGAAACGCCGUAAGGCAGCUGCCACUGCGCUGAAUCGACCGGCCGUGCAAUCGUAUAUGCCAAUCAUCGAUCUAGAAUCCAAUUCCAGCAUUAAAGAGCUGUACCGGGACAGCCAGAAUGGCAAACUUGACGUGAAUCCCACUGCAUAUUUUCAGCGGUUCGCCCUCAACACCAGUUUGACUCUGAACUAUGGGUUCCGCAUCGAGGGAAACGUGGACGAUACGCUGCUGCACGAGAUUGUGGACGUGGAGCGUGGCGUGUCCAACUUCCGCAGCACUUCGAACAACUGGCAGGAUUACAUUCCCCUAUUGCGCAUUUUCCCCAAGAUGAACAACGAGGCGGCAGACUUCCGGGGUCGCCGUGAUAAAUAUCUGACCUACUUGCUCGAUAUGCUCAAGGAUCGAAUCGCCAAGGGAACUGAUAAGCCUUGCAUCACUGGUAAUAUCUUGAAGGAUCCCGAGGCUAAGCUGAAUGACGCCGAGGUGAAAUCGAUCUGUUUGACUAUGGUAUCGGCUGGUCUUGACACCGUUCCGGGUAAUUUGAUUAUGGGAAUUGCCUACCUAGCGUCUGAAGACGGCCAAAGAAUUCAGAAAAAGGCAUAUGAUGCAAUCAUGGAGGUUUACCCGGAUGGCGAUGCUUGGGAGAAAUGUUUGGUGGAGGAGAAGGUCCCCUAUGUGACUGCACUGGUCAAGGAGAUCUUACGGUUCUGGACGGUCAUUCCUAUUUGUCUUCCACGCGAGAGCACUAAGGAUAUCCAGUGGAAUGGUGCCACAAUCCCUGCCGGCACGACUUUCUUUAUGAAUGCUUGGGCUGCCGAUUACGACGAAGAACACUUUAAGGAUGCCGAUAAAUUUAUCCCGGAGCGUUACUUGGAGGCCAGUGAGGGCGCAGGCACUCCACACUACGCAUAUGGAGCGGGAUCACGUAUGUGUGCAGGCUCGCAUCUCGCCAAUCGAGAGCUGUUUACUGCUUUUAUCCGCCUCAUCACUGCUUUCCACAUGCACACGGCGAAAGAGGCGGCUGACCGACCAAUUCUUAAUGCAAUUGAGUGCAAUUUAAUCCCGACAGCCUUGACAACCGAGCCGAAGCCAUUCAAGGUUGGCUUUAGUGCACGCGACCCUAAGAAGCUUGAGCAGUGGAUUGCUGAGAGCGAUGAACGCACCAAAGACCUAUAA